ACGCGGCGCACUCAUGAUGUAACCGACAUUUACGACGGCGAGUGCGCAGCUCUUGGCGGUCGAGUCGAGUCCGUGGGGCAUUCCAGAGCGUCCACACGAUGGCCGCGGUGCGUGUGCGAGACAACCACGCGCGUGAACGCAUCCGCACUCGGUACACCGCGAACACCUGUAGGUGCGUGGACGCGGGUGGAAAGCUGGUCGUCCUAGCUCGUGCGCGCUGUCUGCGUCGUUUUGUAGUGUACAUUGUCGAUGUCGAGUGGAUCGGGGGCCAGGGGGCAGGCAGGACGGGAUGACCCGUACCCGCUCACACGGAGAUCCAUCAGUCCCGUGCGCCCUCCGAAAUGAGCCACCGGACGUCCGCGAGCACGGACGCGUACGCUCUGCGCGUCUCGACGCGAUCUCCCGCAUUCCGCCUCCGCAGGACGCGUCCUUCGAACGGCGUGCUCCCCAGAGCAUUGCGCACCAGCCCCUGCGUUCACGGGUGCGUUCGACGACUUUCGCAUUUGGCCAUCUCGCAGCGGGCCGGCCUCGAGCCCAAGACGAACCCCUCGUCCGUCGUCCCCAGCGGCCCCAGAGACGGCGGAGCGUGCGCGGACGACGGCACCGUCGCGAGCACGAGGGCGCAGCACCCGUUCCGCGCACACAGCACCACCUCGGUCAGUUCGCCGCCGCAGAGCGUGGAAUUCGGACGGCGGGUGCUCCUGAACGGUUCACACGCGCCCCUGCGCUUGCGCGCGAUGUCUACGAGUUUGAGUUUUCGCCGUAUGGCGGCGAGAUGGCAGAGUCCGGCGCAAUGCACCGCAUGCGAGUACCCGCC